AUGAAAUCGAAGGAAGUGAGAGAUCUGUCAAUCACUGUCACUGCUUUUUACAUGAAAAUCGCUGGAUUUUGGACAUCGAGUAAUUACGUGGAGGAACGACGAAGGAACGUUACUAUGAGUUACACGUUGUUCGCGAUACUGUUCGCUGCGACCACCGAGGCCAGGGAUUUGUACUUCUCUUGGGGAAAUUUUAGCGAUUCGAUUUAUGUCACAUGCAACAUUAUAACUGUGUCUCUAGUUUUGAUCAAACUGUUAACAUCGUUUAUAUAUAACGAGGAGCUGCUUGGCAUAAUUCGUUAUGCGAAAACAAAUUUUUGGCAUUCGAAUUACGACACGAGUGAAAAAUUGAUAAUGAACAAGUGUCAACGUACUUGUAACUACCUCGUCUUCGUCUUUACUUUCUUCGCCCAGGGGACGGUUUUAGGUUUCAUAUUGAGGCCAAUUUUGGUGAAUCGUGGAAAAAACGAAUCGGACAGAAUACUUCCGUUCAAUAUGUGGCUCGAGCUGCCAUUGUCAAUCACGCCAUAUUUUGAAGUAAUGUUUGUUGUACAGGUCGUAUUCGUGUAUCACGUCUGUGUGUGCUACCACUGCUUCGACAGCCUUUUGUGCAUUUUAAAUUUGCACACUGCCAGCCAGUUUCGUAUCUUGCAAUACAGAUUUGCCAAUACGUGCAACGAGAAAAGGGAAAAGCGCUAUGAAAUUUACGAUGAAAAAUCGGCACGCAGUUUCUACGAAUACGCAAAGCUCAAAGCUUACAUUCGACAGCAUCAAGCUCUUAUCGAAUAUUGCAAAAAAUUGGAAGAAGUGUUCAAUUCAAUAGUAUUUGGACAGGUGUUACUUUUCAGCUUGUUGAUGUGCCUCGAUGGAUACCUGAUACUCAUGGAAAAUACCCCUUUUGGAAGACGCGUCACUUUCGCGUUUCACAUAACGGGUUGCAUUUGUCAACUGUUGAUGUUCACGUACAGUUGCGAUUGCUUGAUAAGAGACAGUAUGGAUAUAGCUGAUGCCGCGUACAAUUGUUUGUGGUCGUUCUUGCCGAUGGAUAAAUACGGGAAAAUGAUACGGAAAGAUCUGAUGUUCGUUAUCACAAGGUCGAGAACACCGUGUUGCCUCACUGCGUGCGGAUUUUUCGCUGUUUCACUCGAAACGUAUACCAGAGUUUUGAGUACUGCAAUUUCAAUCUUUACCAUAUUAAAACGUUAUGAAAAAAAAUUUAAGAGUGACAAUUCUCUAUGA